AAUUUUGACAAGUGCACAAGAGAGAGAGAGAACCAAAGCUGGGCAUUGCUUUAAGGCAGCGGCUGCUGUAUAUCAGAGAAAAAGGGUAAAGCCUUUUUUGUUAUAGUCAAAGAUAAAGAGAGACAACAGUACAGUGUAGCAGAGAAGAAAAUUGACCACCAUUGAAGCUUAAACAAACUCUAUAAUUCCAACUGAAAAAAGAAGAAGUAACAAGUAUACAGAAGCUUGAACUUAGAUCCGACAGUUGCGGAGCCAAAAUGGGAGAAAUGGGAACUGCAAGUUCUUUCACGGCGUUACUUGAACUGCCGGCGAAUCAAGCGGUGGAGCUUUUAGUACAUUCAUUGGAAACCGACAAAACCGGUGAACCUCACAUACCUCACUAUCGUUAUCCUCCUCCUCCUCCGCCGCCCAUUUUUCCUUCGGAUGCAGCUUUGAUUGACAGAGCUUUUAAGUUCUCCGUCUUCGCCGCCGCCGCCGGAAUUUCGCCGGAGUCUAAUUCAACUCUUUCCAAUUCAGGUUCAAAAUCACUUUUAGUCAAACAAGAACCUCUAGAUUCCGAAUUUAACCAGAAUUCAUCGCCAAUUACCGUUUCCAAUCCGACGGUUAAUCAAAAAACAACUAAGAGAAAGGAACGUGAGAAAAAGGUAAAAGAAACCAGUAGCAAAAAGGGCAAAAAAUCAACGAAUAAUACCUCAGAAGAUGAUGCGGAGAAGCUUCCAUACGUUCACGUCCGAGCUCGUAGAGGCCAAGCGACAGACAGCCAUAGCUUAGCAGAAAGAGCAAGGAGAGAGAAGAUUAAUGCUAGGAUGAAGCUACUUCAAGAGCUGGUCCCAGGAUGUAAUAAGAUCUCGGGUACUGCAAUGGUGUUGGAUGAGAUCAUCAACCAUGUACAAUCCCUACAGCGUCAAGUAGAGUUCUUAUCAAUGAGACUUGCUGCGGUAAACCCAAGUGUUGAUUUCAACCUUGACAAUCUCUUUGCACCAGAACGGAGUGGUUCCCAUGUGGAGAGCAACUUACCAGACAUGAUUGUGCCGCCUAUCUGGGCCGACGGACAAACCAGCGGGAACAGAAACCAGUAUCAACAUCUGUGGCAUCUUGAAGGAUUCCAUCAGCCUGUCUGGGGAAGAGUAGAAGACAACUCUAGCUUUAUUACUCCAGAGAACUCACUUUUGACUUAUGAUUCCUCAGCAAAUUCAGCAUCUUUACACCCAAAUCAGCUGAAAAUGGAGCUAUGAAAGCAGAGGCAAGAAUUUAGUUGCGGUUAGCUGUGUAUAUAUCGGACAUAAUAGUUGAUAGCAGCAGGCAGCAGAAAAGAGAGUUGCCAAGAGUUAAAAGACUCUGAGUUUCUACUUCCGCUAAUCAAGAACAAGGAUAAAAUCCAGAUUGAUCUCUGCUAGAGAGGGAGAAAAUUAGCUGUAUCCCUUAUUUGCAUUUAUAUAACAUAUAGUAUAUUUAUAUGCAUACGGAAAUAUUUGUCUAUACUAACGUAGGGUCAUUCAAUCUGAUACUUGGUGCGCGAGAUGAUUGAUUGAUUCAUAGUUGUAAAACAAGAAUGGACUAGUGGUGACUACACUAAUAUGCAGAUAAGCUUUUGUGUUA